AGUAGAAGAAGAAGCGUUGUACGCAGGUGUUUACGUUUCCCGACUUCCGUAGCUGCCCCUAAACCGGAAUAACGUUACUAAUCUAACGUUACAUUUCUAAAUUUGAGGAGAAACUCUCGGUCAUGUUUCUCAUUUUUAAUUUAAGCAUGAGAGAUGCUCGACAGAUAGAUAUCGUUGAGGUCGUUUGCUGUCCACUGUAGGCGCUGUAUCGCGAGUUUUCCUCAUCAUCCAUCGCAGGCGAAGCUAAAGCUAAAGCUAGCGGUGCGUUAGCAGCGGGUCAGCGGCAGUGGACAUAACGUAGUUUAAUAAAUCAUCGCCCGAUCCGCACUUUGUCCAGUGUUAAUUUAGAUAUCAAACAAGGCAGUCAUGGCCACUAGGCGUCUGACCGAUGCCUUCUUGUUAAUGCGGAACAAUGCAAUCCAAAACCGGCAGAUAUUGGCUGAGCAAGUGAGUACAUACGACCCCCGUCUGAGUACACGUAGCAAUGCUGCGGAGCUUGAUGAGUUGGCUGAUGAUCGAAUGGCCCUGGUGUCAGGAAUUAGUCUGGAUCCUGAAGCUGCCAUCGGAGUCACCAAGAAACUGCCCCCCAAAUGGAUAGAGGGGGUUGAUGAGAUCCAGUAUGAAAUCACACGGGUUCGGCAGAAGAUGAAGGAACUAGCCGUACUCCAUGACAAGCACAUGAAUCGUCCCACACUUGAUGACAGUAGUGAGGAGGAGCAUGCAAUAGAAAUCACUACGCAGGAGAUCACACAGAUGUUUCAUCGGUGCCAGCGAGCUGUGACGGGUUUGCAGUCUCGUUGUGGCCACUGCACCGAGCAGGAGGAGAGGCUGUUGAGAAACGUGGUCUCGUCCCUGGCACAGAGCCUGCAGGAGCUGUCCACCAAUUUCAGGCACACACAGUCCGGCUACCUAAAACGUAUGAAGAAUCGUGAGGAGAGAUCAAAGCACUUUUUUGACUCUGGACCCCUGAUGGAAGAGGAUGAAGAUUUAGCUGUAUAUGACAAGGGGUUCACAGACGACCAACUGAUGUUGGUGGAGCAGAACUCGGUUAUGGUUGAAGAACGAGAGCGGGAGAUCCGACAAAUAGUGCAGUCCAUCUCAGAUCUGAAUGAGAUUUUCCGGGACUUGGCUGGAAUGGUGGUGGAACAGGGCACCGUUCUUGACAGAAUUGACUUCAAUGUGGAGCAGGCUUGUGUUAAAACAGAAGAUGGAAUGAAGCAGUUACAAAAGGCGGAACAGUAUCAGAAGAAAAACCGAAAGAUGCUGAUCAUUUUGAUCCUCUUUGUCAUAGUCAUUGUUCUAAUUAUUAUUCUUUUUGGAACAAAGUUUUAAUUAUGCAUUCCUCUGGCUUUUGUUUUCUGUGUGGGUGUUUGUUGUGCAUCUGUGUGGACUUGGACUCCGUCUCGGUUCUACUCAAAACAAAGCUGACUGCCUUUCAUACCCACCAGGAAAUGAAGAAAAAGAACGUCUCUUCACAGGUGCACUUUGGGCCACGUGGGGGUGUUUUGUUGUUGAUUUUAAUGGAAGAAACAAUCAACAAUCUGUUUGAACCGUGGCCGUUUUUAUCAAGUGACUCGCACCCAAAUCGCCAAGUCUCUGUGACAGAGGUUUGUCGAACCCUGCUAUGUUGACAUGUGUCUUAAAAGAAAACACGCUGUGGUGUAUAAAAGUGGACUACCAAUGUUUAAAUGCUAAAGCAGAGUGUCCUCUGCUUGAACUCGAAGCACGAAUUGUGACGUCUGUUGUGUGACAGUGCAUCGUUUCUGUUCAUUAUCAUUGCAAACAGUUUGUUUCUGUGUGGAAGAUGUGACAUGAACGAAUGUUUUGUGAAAAAGACAUUUGCAGUAGAUGUCGUUCUAUAGUGCAAAUUCAUUUUCAUCCAAACAUUGCAUUUAUGUUCCGCCUCAGUAUUUUACCUGGAAAGAAAAUGUUUUGUAUUAGAAUAGUCAUUAAGUACCAAAUAUAUUCCUUUGGUUUAAGGACCACCUGUUAUAUUUUAAUAUUAUUACUUUACUUCCCAAUUUAAUAACUAUACUGAGAUCAUUGUUACUCCACUGUUGGCCAGAGGAGGGUGUCGAAAGCCCCGACCUUCCUCCCAGUUCAUCCUGUCAUUUUAAAAUCAUACCCGUCUCACACCUGUUGCACUUUUCAUGAAGUGCUCAUUUUAAAACACUUAAUUUGUUUUUGUUUUCAUGGUCCAUGCAUUAAGUGCUACCUUUUUUUUAAACUCUUGCAGUUUGCACAUAUUGAGGCCUGAGGGAGAGGGUGGUUGUGUUAUGGAUGUAAUACUACUGUCAUCUGUAUGAUGAAAAAGAAUUAUUUAUUUUUUAAUAACAUCAAAUAAUCAGGUGUUCAGCCUCGGGCAGAAUUACUGUAUAUUGAGUAAAGUGUAUCUGUCUAAACCCAACAGUUAUUGUCCUUUCCGCUGAGAUAACUGUGACGCAGUCCAACACAAGCAGAUAUAUAUAUUAUUACAUUUUUCUUUUCAGAUUGGACCCAUUCAUUUUUAGUUAGCUGUGUUGGAAAUUCCUAUCAUAUUCUUGAGUUCUAUAAAGACGGAUAAGCUGAAAUGAUGAAGAGCUUUAUUUGACAUAUCUGUACCUGACUCUACACUUUAUACACCUGUUAAAAUCAUCUUUGUCAUUGAUGUGAAGUUGUGUGUGAAAAAUGGUUAUGUCCUAGUGGUACUCUACUUCAGUUUUGUUUUCUAAGCAAAACGGGUGAGGAGACAGCAACUGUUUUUUUAAAUAAACCUGGAACAUGA